UGGGCCUAUGGACUACUUUUACACGGUUCCGACGACAUUCUGGGGACUUUCAGCAAAAUAAAAUGUCAGAAGGAAAAGGAGCCUCUGGGAAACACUAUGGUCCCGUUAACAAUCCAUAUGCCCGCACUAUGCGGAACAUGUUCGCAUAUCUUAAGCCUGAAAGGAGAGUGGAAUUGAAAUUUCACAUCAGUAACAACCCUGGUGCAACUUUCAUGAUGGUAACCAGUACAAUUUUGGUACUUAGCUUUGCUCCCUUAAUGGCCCAGCAAAGAAGAAUCGACUUCACCUCAAAGGCUUAUCACUGUCAUUAUAGAGUGUUAAGGAAAGAAGACGCAGAUCCAAAACUGAAAGAAAUUGGAUAUUAUAACUAACUUAAUACAAAAACUUUGUGUAUAGUGUUAAAACUUUUAAAUAAAUAUAGUUAUAACAAAAUGA